UGACCUAACUGGUAGAUUUAAAUCUCAAUCAAAAAUCAGAAGGAAAUCGUCGAUUCCCGCUCAUAUUCUUGUAAUUGUAAAGUUCGGAUUUUCAUUGCUUCCGACGGCAACUUACUCCAAAGGUGACUUUUAUGUAACCAUAAAUAUGUCAGACUCAAGACUAACAAAUUCUACAGUGAAUAGCCUACGUAAUUCAUGGGUAGAGCUACAAGAAGACCUAACUCAAAGACAGAAACAACUGGUUGAGGACCUUAAUAUUCUGAAUAAACUAACUGAGAAUAAAGUAUUUACAGAACAGCAGAGAGGAAAGAUUACAAAAGAAGCUAAAAACUUCAAUAAGGGCCCAAUAAAGCUUCAAAAUCUUUCUAAUAUUGUACCUAGAAAUAUGUAUUCCAAAAAGAAAGGAGGCAAAUCAUUUAAUCAGUCUGCAGAUAGACAUACUGGAAUUGAGAAAAGAAAGAUGAAUAUGAAGAUAAAUAAUCCAUACAAAAAAAAUAAAAAUAUAAUAGUAAAUACCAAAAAUGUAGAUGAACAACUGAGUAAAGAAGAUGGGCCUGGAUCUUCUAAUUCAGUAACAGAAUCAAGUGACUCAAGUCAGUUACAGUCUGUAUCUACUCAGACAGAGGUUGGAAUUAAUGCUUUUACAUCAGUCCAAGUUCUUACAACGCCACUUAGAGUAGUUUCUGAUCAAGAAUAUUUCCAGAGAGACAAGAAACUUGAAGUUUUGACAGAUUCAUAUGUAACUGAUUUUAGUAGAGAUUCAGCCAUACAAAAAGAUAAAGUUGACAGAAUUACAGGUUCAAGAAAGAGUCUAAAACCAAGUGUUAUGUGUUCACCUUCAUUUUACCAUAAACAUUCUGAGGUGAAGCAUCAUUUGGUUAACCCAAGUUGUAAUGCAUCUUCACCUAUUUUUGUUAAUCACCAUAAAAGUCUUUAUCAUCACGUACCAUGUAUGUAUAGACCAUCAGCCCAUUACACUGGCUAUCAUAAAGCUGAUGAAAGUCAUACGAAACCAAAUUUAAAUAAAUCAACAUCUGUCCAUUUUGCUGGCCAUAAUGAUUCUACCCAGGGUUCAGCCAAGUGUAGUUUUAGUAGACCAAAAUCUGCCUGUUACACUGAUCAUCACAAAGUUAUUCUUAGUCAAUUCAAGCCAGAUUUCAGAAGACCAAUAUCCAACUCUUUUCCUAAUCAUCAUGAGGAUGAACAGAGUCCUUCCAAACUAGGUGUUAGAGAAUCUUUAUCUUCACUUUGUGCUGGUCAUAAUGAAAGUAGCCAGAAUUCAGCCAAACGAGGCCUCAAUCAAUCAACAUCUACCACUAUUGUUGAUCACCAUGAGGUUCGACAUAGUCCAACCAGGUCAGGUUUCAGCAAACCUUCAUCUGCCCAUCACUUUCACGAUUCGAAUGUUUGCCAAAAGACAUCAAAGUCAGGUGUGAAUGAUCCUGUGUCAGCCUUUUACACUGACAGUCAUGGAAGUAGCCAGCUUCAAGUAAAACCAGGUGUUGUGAGAGUGAGUUAUGGAUCUAACAAAGAGUACCAAUCAUUAGAAAGUGACAUCAGCAGUUCUCAAAGUUCCCCAUCUCAUACUUCAGAAGAAGGAAGAGAAGCUCAAUAUUUCAAAUUUAGUGUAGCCAGACCAUGCAGUGAAACUGGCAGAAGUCCCCCAGUUAGGUAUUUGCCAAGGAUUACUAAUCAGUAUGCAAGAGGUUUACAAAAAAUGGAAGUUCCUGCUUCAAAAGAUAAUAAAUCCAUGUUUAAAAAAAAGAGAUUUACCCCAUUUGAUGUAUCAAGAUCUCCUGCUACAAAACAAUUAACAGAUAUAGAAAAAAUACCUCCAGAAGUUCUGAAUAAAUCUGAUCAGUACUACAAUGAAUUGAGAGCAUUUCGACAAGCAAAUCUUUCAGAGUGUACAGGUUCAGAAACAAUAAGUGAUGAUGAUUUUACACCUACCAAAGAAAAUUUAGGAAAUCAUCAAUGUAUACAUGAAUACAAGACUAACGAAAGAUUGUUCCAUGUGCCUGUUCACUGUAACAAUCAGGGUCAAAGCAUGUGUUCCAUAUGCAACCUCACAAAAGCAGAAGUCAACAAGAAGACCCCUCAUCAAAUCAAAAUUACUCUUCCUGGAAAAAGGAUUUCCUUGAAUAAAUAUCCACAAUUUAACAAGAAAAAAAGUGACUUAAACCCAAAAUCCUUAGCUCUAAUUCGGAACAUUCAGUGGAGUGAUAAAUCCAGGAAGGUGCCCUGUUUGCUGUUUCACUGACACUUAACUAUACUGGUAGUGGAUAUUCAUAUUAUGUAAACUAUCAUGAAUGUAAAAUUAUUUCCCAGAAAGGUUUAAUAAAAUUUAUUAGUCUUU